GCGUCGCUCCGGUGGUGAUGUGAGCUGAGCCGGCGGGACGCCGCAGAGGAGCUGUCCGUCUGUCGAGGUGCUGAUGCGGCUGUGACAGAAGCGAGCAUGGCUGCCGGGAAGUUGCUGCUGUACGCUGGGCUCUCUCUGUCUCUGUGCGCCCUGGGCAUGCUGGCCGUGGCGAUGUGCUCCGACCACUGGUACGAAACCGACGCCCGGAGGUACCGGGACCGCUGCCGGAGUUUCUCCAGCCGUAAGGACCCGGGCUUCAUCUACAUCCCCAACAACAGCCUGCCGCUGCGGGCCAGCCGGAGCAGCCCGCCCCGCUGGGAGGAGAAGCUGCUGCUGGCCCGGAACCGGCGGCAGCUGUUCGCCAUGAGCACCGCGGAUGAGUGCAGCCGGCAGUACAACUCCACCAACAUGGGGCUGUGGAGGAGGUGCCACCGGCUCGGCUUCGACCAGGAGAUAGAGGACCUGAUCCGGAAAGGUUCCAUCACACGCUGCUCCUACAUCAAGUAUCACUACUCCUCGGCUACGAUACCCAAAAACCUCUCGUUCAACAUCACCAAGACGAUAAGGCAGGACGAGUGGCACUCCCUCCACUUGCGGAGAAUGACGGCGGGCUUCAUGGGCAUGGCGGUGGCCAUCAUCCUGUUCGGCUGGAUCAUCGGCGUGCUCGGCUGCUGCUGGGACAGAGGACUCAUGCAGUACGUGGCCGGUCUCCUCUUCCUCAUGGGAGGGACCUUCUGCAUCAUUUCUCUCUGCACCUGCGUGGCUGGUAUUAACUUCGAGCUGUCCCGUUACCCACGGUACCUGUACGGUCUGCCUGACGACAUCGGCCACGGCUACGGCUGGUCCAUGUUCUGCGCCUGGGGCGGCCUCGGCCUCACCCUCAUCGCCGGCUUCUUCUGCACCCUGGCCCCGUCUGUCCAGCCGAUCCCUCGGUCCACCUGCCCCAAGUCCCGACAGGAGAACGGCACCGUCUGCUAAGAGCGGCACCACCAGACGAUGACUGAAGCGCAGAGCGACAGAGAAACUGUUCCACAUCCUCAUCCGUCCGUCCGUCAUCCCCCUCUCCUGGGUAUUUUUUUUAUCGGUGUGUGUGUUUAAAAAAUGUCUUGAUCUUGAAAAUAACAAAAAACUGAAGGACUUAAGAAAUAUUAUCAAAAUUUGAAGUUGUGCUUGUUUUGUUGUUGUGGAGCAAACGCUGAAAAGGACCAUGUGAGAACUCUGAGAGGAACCCACGGCGACCCACUGACUAAUGCUGGACUCUGAUUGGUUGGAGGUCUGAUGGACUUGUCUCCCGUGGUGAGGAGAGCUUUGGGAGUGUUGGUUUAAGACAGUCAGGUGUUUGGUCGAGACCCAAGGAAGUGUCUUGUGAACUAUUGAAGCUUCUUACGGGACGGACUAUAAGAAGACCAGACCCCAAACUCUGGACCAGCUGGUCUUGGAUUAUGUGUUCAGAUCCUCGGUCCCUUCGUUGUUGGGAUCUUGGUAGCUUGGAGGUCUGGACCGCCUCUCUUGUACAUUACUGUACAGAAUACUCCAGAGACACCAGGACCCGUCAUGUUGGACCAUCUUCAUCCUCCUGUAGCUGAUCCCGAUCCGUCUGAUGAUCCCGAUCCAUCCGAUAAUCCGUUUAGCGUUUUCUACAUCCUGUUUCCUUUUUACUGACCUUCAUGUCGUGAACGAACCGUUGACUGUUCAGAGCAAAUGUGUUUGAGUUCUUCCAUUCUUGUCAUAGAGGUAAACUUGUGUUUGUGUGUGUGUGUGUGUGUGUGUGUGUGUGUGUGUGUGUGUGUGUGUGUGUGUGUGUGUGUGUGUGUGUGUGUAUGUGUGUGUGGGUGUGUGUGUGUGUGUGUGUGUGUGAGAAGGUGUUUGUUUUGCAGUCUCUUCUGAAAACAGUUGUAAAGAAUGAUCAAACUGAAGUGGAGUCCGCCUCUGAAGCUUUGAUCAAGAUGAUAAACUGGGACGAUGAAGAGGAUUUAAAGGAAGUCUGGAUUUAAAGCAACAAACCGAUCAGAAACUAUGAGCUCCCUCUGAACAUGUUCUCCUCCUCCUCCAGCUCUCAUGUCUCUAACAGCAUCAAAGCACAAGGUUCAAACAGCCUCAGUCUGAAUGAGACUCAGACUGCUGAAUCUGCAGGAAUCCUCCAGACCUGCAAACAUUCAGAAACACAAACACACCGAACACACACAGAAUACACACUGAACACACACCAAACACACACCAUCAGGAGCUCCGAUGUUUCUAUGCACAGAGAGAGAGAGCGUACACACAGGGACCAAACACAGCAGUGUCAGCAGAGCGCCAGAGAGCCUUCAUACAUACAGGUCACUAUCCACACAGUCAGACCAGAUCCAUCUGAUGAACCAAACCAGACCCAAACCUCUUCAGAAUCUCUCUCUGCAGUGAUCAGCUUCAGCUCAGUUCAUUUCAUAAUCUCUGCUGCGUUCACACUCAGUGUCCCUCGACUGAAGCAUUCAGACCCUAAAGUUUAACAAACUCUCCCUCAGUUUUUAGGUUGUGUCUGACAACGACACUAAAGGUGCUUUUCCACCAGAAGUUCCAGGAACUUUAAGCCCCCAGAACUAUACUCUUCCAGGAGCUAAAUGGUUCCUGUGGCCCCAUUGUUGUCUGCGGUUGGACCAGGGAGGUUAUACAAAUCAGAAAAAAGUAACUGCACUACACCACCUGACCAGUAGAGGGCAGUAAGAGAGAGAUGAAGGCAAUACAACAAAGAUGACACCAUAGAAGGAGACAGACAGGCCGACAUCAUUAAGAGCGAUGCUACAGUUAACCUGUUAGCAUGAAGGAAAUUACUGUUUUGCUGUUUUUGAUCCUGCUUUAUUGCAGAUGGAUUCAUUGAAUCAACACUUGGAAGUUGAUGAGCGCGAGUAGCAAAGACGUUUCAACAUGUCAGAGAUAGACUGGUGUUCCAGUUUAAAGAGCGACCCUGUUAACUCGAGACUCUCAGCAUCCCUCACAAAUGUCUUUAGAUGAUCAUUAAAUAUCUGAUGAGGAUAUUUGGACAUUUGAAUAAAAACUAAACUGGGAUGCAUUCCCAAGGACUCCUUCUGUGUUUCAACAGCUGUUGUUAACUUCACAAACACUAACAGGUCUCCAGUUUACAGGGUCACUUUUAAAACCUUAACACCGGGAGCUGACAGAGACGCAUUCACACUAUCAGGCUCCGAGAAGACCAAUGUUCAGGAGUUAUUAAACCAAGUGAAUCACAGAUGUGUGUGAUGUUAUUGUGGACGGAGGGGGAAAUAAAACACUGAGGGUACGUUCAGCAUUGCAGGCCCCGCCCCCAAAGUUCCAGGAAAUUUGGGGGCGGGGCCUGCAAUGCUGAAUGUUUCUGAUUAGUAAAAUUCUACCCCACCUGAACAGUGACUUUUCAAGGGGAGAUUAGAUGAAAUAAGACCCUGGUUCCUGCUGUUGAAAAGCACCAGUAAUUGAUUGACCCAUCAUAAUCUUCAGCAUUGCAGGCCCCGCCCCCUAAAGUUCCUGAACCUUUGAAAUGUACUACCUCCCGAGCAGGGACUUAUCAGGGGGAGAUUAACUACCCAGGAACUAAAUUUAGACCCUGGUUCCUGCGGUGGAAAACACCUUUAGUGUGGACGCUGCUGUAGAAACUCUCCAUGCUCUGGAGUUUGUGAGUUCAUUUCCAAACAAUUCUGUUGAUUCUGGAGAUCUUCAUCCAACAUUCAUGCUCGUCGCGCAGGGAUCCGUCGGCUGUGUUUAUUUUGUAAGAGAAAAGCUUUUCUGUCUCAUGUCAUGAAUUAAAGAGUCCAACCCUUAAGUGGAAGACCUGUGCAGUAUUAUCAAACAUCUAACGUGCCAUUCAGCAGCAGCUACAAAAAAAGGCAUCAUGACGAUCGACUAAAGCAAAAUGUGAUCAUACCUCAAGUCUAACCUCACCAUGCGAUGCAUUAAACUCUGUCAUGUUCACUCCCUCAGAGUUUGAGAGGCUGCACAUCUUCACGUCUGAUCUCAUCUGAACAUCUCAGACAGCUUUAACACGAUGAUCUAAUAAUCAUCUUCAAACAGCAGGUCUCUGCAGAUCAGAUCUUUAAUGUGCCGUUAUCUCAUCAUGGAGACGUUGCUCAGACUACACAGUGCAGGACGGCCAGCCUUUAAUCUGAUUAUAACGUAUUAAUAACAUCCUCAUCAUGAGUUCACUGUUGAAAGACUUCACUGAGAUAACCUGAUAGAGAACCAUUACCUCUGAGACAUAAUGAAGUCACAGCGUCAGAGGAAACACACAGCUCCGUUGUACAUCUGAAUAAGAUCAAUAAGAUCAAUAAGAUCAAUAAAUUAAAUAAGAACAAAAUUAGAUAAGAUCAAUGAAUUAAAUAAGAUCAAUAAGUUAAAUAAGAAACAAAUCUGAAGAAAACAGAUCUUGGAAAAUAUUUAAAGAAGUGAUGUGAGCAUCUUCAUUAGAGCGACAUGAGAGAGAUCAAUAACAGAAGUCUCUCCUCCAUUCAUCCUGUCAUCACAGUGAAAAUAGACUUUAAGGACUUUUAAAUAAAGUCUUUGAAUCUAAUGAAUUCAUAAACUAAAGAUUCAUUGGUUCAUUUUUUAAAAUGCUGAUUGAUAAAUAUUGAUCACUCUGGGCCUCCGUACAUCUCCAGGUUAAUGCCACAGACUCCUAUUGAUUCAGUCAGAGGAACAUCAUCAUCAUCAUCAUCAUGUAGAGAGAGGAAGAGGUGAGAUGAUUUUAUAAAUUAUAUCUAAAGAUCAUCAUACCUGACCCUGACACCUAGACUGGAUCUUUACUGAGCACAGUUCACUCUCUGCUGUCAGAUAAUCUGAUUCAAAGGAGAUUAUUCCUCAGAUUAUUGAUCCUUCAAACAUUAUCUUCAUCAUCAACUUAUCUAAAGGAUAAACAUGAACUCUGACGUCACAUUCAGAGAGAGGACGAGUAAAACUGAGACAGAGAGAGAGAACAAGAGAGAGAGACUGCAACUUCCACUGUGGACAAACCUAUCACCCUUUAACAUCAGUAACGUGUCUGUUCAGUAAACAUAACAUAGGAGAAAAAAAGGAAAUGUUCUACUGUGGAAUGUAAAAUCACAAUAAAUCUCGUCAAUGUGUUUAC